AUGACUUUCAAAUGGCCAUGGCAAUAUGAUUUUCCGCCGUUUUUCACGCUUCAACAAACUCUAGUUACGAGAGAAAAACAAUUAGAAACGUGGGCUAGCCUAGUAAUCGACUAUACACAACAUAACAAGAUCUACACACUUGACGUUGCUGAAGUGGCGAACAGUGAACUUUUUUAUAACCAAAAAUUAAAUAGGCGCCUUUCUCCCGAAGGAAUUCGUGCUGUGUUCGAAUACCUUGAGCAAAAAAAACACAUCGAGUGGUUGGAUAUUGGGAAAACUCGGUGUCAUAUCUACUGGCGACGUCCGGACGAGUGGGCUGCGUUAAUCUACACCUGGGCUGUGUCGAACGGUUUAUUAAACACUCCUUGUACAUUGUACGAAAUUGCUCACGGUGACGAUACGGCGCGAGAGUCGUUUUACGGUCUCGAGAAAGACGUAUUACUGAAGGCACUUCGUAGUCUGGAACUGCAGCGACGUGCGCAAUUGAUGAAUAUCGGCACAGAAUCGGAGGAUGCUCCCUCUUUUCUCAAAUACUCAGAGCUUAUUGAGGAAGGCGACACCGUUAUUAUCUACGUGACUUUCGACUCUACUCAUGCGAUCAUAGCGCGUCGAGGCAUGGCACUCUGUAUGAAAUACGGUGCAUUGCGACAUGAGUUCGUCAUAGGGAAGCCAUGGGGUUCGCGUAUUUCCGCAACUGCUGGUUACGUGUACGCGUUACGCCCUUCAGCCGAGCUAUGGACAAGAUCUUUGUCACGUCGCACGCAAAUCCUUUACACACCUGACUGCAGCCUUAUCCUGCAACUCUUGGAUGCCAGACCGGGAUCUGUUAUUUGCGAAUCUGGUACUGGAAGUGGGAGUUUAAGUCAUGCAAUUGCUCUUGCUGUUGCUCCAACGGGACACUUGUAUACUCAUGAUAUUGAAGAAAGUCGUACGAAGAAAGUCGAACAGGAAUUUAAGGACCAUGGACUUGCUGAUGUUACAACGGCCGUUGUCCAGAAUGUUUGCACUGAUGGUUUCUUUGUGGCGAAUGCGUGCGAUGGUGUUUUCCUCGAUGUUCCGGCUCCAUGGGAGGCUAUUCCACAUGCCGCAAGCGCCAUCUCUCGCACUCGAGGAGGACGUUUGGUGUCAUUUAGUCCGUGUAUUGAACAGGUAUAUCGUUAA